AUGGAUUUGGAGCUGAUGUGGGUUUUCCUUGUUGCUCUUUUAAAAGGUGUCCAGUGUGAAGUGCAACUGGUGGAGUCUGGGGGUGGUCUGAUACAGCCUGGGGGAUCCCUGAGACUCUCCUGUGUAGCCUCUGGAUUCACAUUCAGUGACUACUGGAUGGACUGGAUCCGACAGGCUCCAGGGAAGGGGCUAGAGUGGGUUGGAGAAAUUAAUAAAGAUAGCAGUAAAAUCAACUAUGCACCAUCCCUGAAGGAUCGAUUCACCAUCUCCAGAGACAACGCCAAGAACACUCUGUACCUGCAAAUGAGCAGUGUGAGAUCUGAGGACACUGCCACUUAUUACUGUGCUAGAGACACAAUGAGCGGACUUCAGUAUAAACCCAGACAUAAACCUCACUGUGUCCAAGCACAGGUUCAGCUGGUGCAGUCUGGACCUGAGCUGAAGCAGCCUGGACAGUCAGUGAAGAUCUCCUGCAAGGCUUCAGGAUACACCUUCACAAACUAUGGAAUGAACUGGGUGAAGCAGGCACCAGGACAGGGCCUGAAGUGGAUGGGCUGGAUCAAUACCUACACUGGGAAUCCAACAUAUGCUGAGGACUUCAAAGCUCGGUUUGUCUUCUCUUUGGACACCUCUGUCAGCACUGCAUACCUCCAGAUCAGUAGCCUCAAGAAUGAAGACACAGCCAUGUAUUACUGUGCGAGAAACACAGUGUGA